AUGGGCGUCGCGUUAGGCACCUUAGCCGGACGUUUGGUUCAUCCCACAGCGCCAGUUCUGCUUACCAAAAGUGGCCCAUUUGGCACUCGCAUUCGUUUCUGCCGCCGUCGAGACGACGACGAAGGCGGCAGAGAAGUGGGACGGCUCCGUAUUCGGGAGAGCCGACCCGUUCCACCCGUUCCGAGUUCGAGAGUAGGUCGAGGCCGUGAACGGCCCCAGGGCCUCAAUCGUUCGCUUUACCGGAUGGAAUUGCGACGAUCGAACGCCAGCUAUCCUGAGGGAAACUUCGGAGGGAACCAGCUACUAGACGGCUCGAUUGGUCUUUCGCCCCUACACCCGGUUCCGACGAUCGAUUUGCACGUCAGAGGCGCUUCGGACUUCCACCAGAGUUUCCUCUGGCUUCAUUCCGUGGAUCGCCAUCUUUCGGAUCCCUUGCCGCUCGCUACGCCGGAGUCGGCCGAGUCGUACUCGGAGAAAAAAUUACCGACCCGGGGGUGA